CCAGUAGAUCCAAUGGCUAAUAAAGAAAUGAUUUAACAACACAGUAAUAUAAAGAAUUAAUAGAACUUAUUGGUAAUGUAUUAAAAUAUUUGUAUUAAAAUAAAAAUAUGUCUGAAAUAGCUAGUGGAAUGGUCGGCGUAUAUCUACUACCAAUCAGUGCAGUGGUAAUUUAUCUAGUAGGGAAGUAUAUAUUGCACUUAAGAGACUAUCCGGUGGUAAAAGAGUUAUCUUUCAGCGUUAGCCAUAAUAAAGAAAAGAAAGAGUAAGCACGCAUAAUAGAAAACACA